CCACCCGUCGCGAGCGCACCGGCUGACCGGCACCAGCGAUGGAGAACCUGCUAUCCUCGGCCGCGUCCCACAAGACGCUCCCUGACAGCUUCGUCUUCGCGCCCGACCAGCGCCCGCCGGCGUCCGCGGCCGACGUCGCGCUCCCGGUCAUCGACCUCGCCCGCCCCCGCGACGAGGUCCGCCGGGCCGUCCUCGAGGCCGGCAAGGAGCUCGGCUUCUUCCAGGUGGUCAACCACGGCGUGCCGGAGCAGGCGGUGCGGGACAUGGAGGCAUGCUGCGAGGAGUUCUUCCGCCUGCCCGCGGCGGACAAGGCGGCCUUCUACUCCGAGGACGCGGACCGGCCCAACCGCCUCUUCUCCAGCACCACCUACGGCACCGGCGGCGAGCGGUACUGGCGCGACUGCCUCCGCCUCGCCUGCCCCUUCCCCGCCGACGCCGCCGCCAGGGACGCGUGGCCCGACAAGCCCGGCCGCCUCCGGUCGGCGGUGGAGGCGUUCGUCGCGCCGGCGCGGGCCGUGGGGAUGGAGCUGCUGCGGCUGCUGUGCGAGGGGGUGGGGCUCCGCCCUGACUACUUUGACGGGGAGCUCAGCGGCGGCGACGUGGUGGUGAACGUGAACCACUACCCGCCGUGCCCGGACCCGGAGCGGGCGCUGGGCCUGCCGCCGCACUGCGACCGCAACCUCAUCACGCUCCUCCUCCAGGGGGGCGUCCCGGGGCUCCAGGUCUCGUACCGCGGCGACUGGAUCCGCGUCCAGCCCGUGCCCGGCGCCUUCGUCGUCAACUUCGGCCACCAGCUCGAGAUCGCGACGAACGGGCUGCUGAGGAGCGUCGAGCACCGCGCGGCGCCCAACGCGGCGGCGCCGCGCACGUCGGUGGCGACGUUCAUCAUGCCCACCGAGGACUGCCUCGUCGCCCCCGCCGCGGAGCUCGUCGGCGCCUGCAACCCGCCGCGGUACCGCGCCGUGACGUUCCGCGAGUUCAUGCGCGUCUACAAGGCCGUCGGCGCGCGGAGGGAGAGCGUCGAGAAGGCCUUCAGGGCCUCGGCCUCCAGCUUCCAGUUCCAGCCAAGCCGCUUCGACGCCACCGGAGGACGCGCCCAGAGCAGGAUCUGCGAGGCGGUCGGUUCCGGCAUGGCGGUGGUGUUCGACGCCGAGGUGCUGAGCCGGGAGGAGCGCAUCCCGGAGCAGUUCGUGUGCCGGGCCGAGGAGCGGCCGGCGGGCUGCGGAGACGGCGACGGCGGCGUGGAGGAGAUGGCGGACAUCCCGGUGGUCGACCUCGCGGAGUUCCUCCGCGGCGGCGGGGAGCUCCCGCGCGGCGUGGCGGAGGCGUGCGAGCGGCACGGGUUCUUCCAGGUGGUGGGCCACGGCGUGGGCGCCGCGCUGAUCGCCGAGGCGUACCGCUGCUGCGACGCCUUCUACGCGCGCCCGCUCGCCGAGAAGCAGCGCGCGCGGCGCCGCCCCGGGGAGAGCCACGGCUACGCCAGCAGCUUCACGGGGCGCUUCGACGCCUGCCUGCCGUGGAAGGAGACGCUGUCGUUCCACUGCCCCGCGCCGCCGGCGCCGGGGAGCGGCCGCGCCGUCGCCGACUACUUCGUCGGCGUCCUCGGCGAGGAGUACCGCCACAUGGGGGAGGUGUACCAGGAGUACUGCGACGCAAUGACGCGGCUGGCGCUGGACGUGACGGAGGUGCUAGCAGCGGCGCUGGGGCUGCCGGACCGCGGCGCGCUGCGGGGCUUCUUCGCCGGCGGCGACUCCAUCAUGCGGCUCAACCACUACCCGCCGUGCCGGCAGCCACACCUGACUCUGGGGACGGGCCCGCACCGCGACCCGACGUCGCUGACGCUGCUGCACCAGGACGGCGUCGGCGGGCUGCAGGUGCGCGCCGGCGCCGGCGGCGGCGAGUGGCGCGCCGUGCGGCCCCGCGCGGACGCGUUCGUCGUCAACAUCGGCGACACCUUCGCCGCGCUCACCGACGGGCGCCACGCCAGCUGCCUCCACCGCGCCGUUGUGAGCAGCGGCGCCGCCCGCAGGUCGCUCACCUUCUUCCUCAACCCGCAGCUGGACCGCGUCGUGCGCCCGCCGGGCGCGCUCCUGGCCGCCGCCGCUGCCGGCCGCCCGCGCGCGUACCCGGACUUCACCUGGCGCGAGUUCCUCGAGUUCACGCAGAAGCACUACCGGUCGGACGCCAGCACCAUGGACGCCUUCGUGGCGUCGAUCGCGCGAGGCCGCGGCGACGGCGGCGGCCAUGACGAACAUGGUGGACAGGAGGAGAAGUGA